AUGCCUAUUGAGCCUUUCGUGCCUGUGAGACCUGUUGAGCCUCUUGAGCCUGUCACUUCUGUCGUCCUUGCUCCCCCUGUCACAACCACCCCUCCACUUCCCACUACAAGCACAAAGGAAAAAGCCAACCAACCACCAACAGCUACUACGCCCCACCACUCGACCGUCGCUGACUGCAACGUCGUCUAUGCCGUGACAUACACAUUCUACGGCUACCCGGACAACGAUCCCCCCGGUGCGGACAUCGCCUACAACUGUGGGCGGGGGACCAGUGCCGGCGGCACAGGCACCUGGGACGACCCUCUGACUUUCGCCACCGCGCCUGGAGAAUUUGCUCCCUGCGAGGUCAUCUACGCGCCGUACAUCCAGAAGUACCUCAUUCACGAGGACUACUGUGAGACCUGCACGCGCCGCUGGAAUGGCCUUCUUGGUCCCCAGAUGUGGCACGUCGAUGUCUGGUUGGGUGGGGAUUCGGUGACGAGUGCAGGGGAGCAGCUGUCUUGUGAGAACCAGCUGACACCUGGCUUGGAGAGUCAGGUGGUUAUUCGAGAUCCGAGGGCGGAUCUGCCUGUUGACGACGUGUUGUUCUACGCUGGAGGACGUUCCAGUUGUGGAACCGAGCAUGUCUAUCAUGCGUUGGUGGCGGGUGACUAUUGUUGA